AAUCCCAGUGCCGGGGGGCGUGGCUUCUCCAAUACGGGUGUAAAAAGAAAACGUCCAUCAAUCCUGCCUGUAAUCUGUCUCUCCGUGUCUUGUUAAACCGAUUUCGUCCACAUAGUCAGAAACAUGGCGACAGAGUUUCAUAACCUGCAGGAGCUGAGACACAGCGCCUCAUUGGCCAAUAAAGUCUUCAUCCAGAGAGAUUACAGCGAGGGAACCGUCUGCAAGUUCCAGACCAAAUUCCCCUCCGAACUCGACAGCAGGAUUGAGAAGACUUUGUUUGAGGACACAGUGAAGACGUUAAAUAACUACUAUGCUGAAGCUGAGAAGAUUGGAGGCCACUCCUACCUGGAGGGCUGCCUUGCCUGCAUCACCGCCUACCUCAUCUUCCUGUGCAUGGAGACACGCUACGAAAAGGUCCUGAAGAAGAUCUCACGGUAUAUUCAAGAGCAGAAUGAGAAGAUUUACGCUCCCAGAGGUCUCCUCAUCACUGACCCUAUAGAGAGAGGCAUGAGGGUUAUUGAGAUCAGUAUCUAUGAAGACAGAGGCUCCAGUGGAUCCAGCUCAGGCAGCAGCACCACUAGCAGCAGCGGACGAUGAUCCAAAACACACACACACACACUCACACAAACUCACACACUCACACACACACACACACACACACACAGUCACUCCUGGAUAUGGGCUCAACUGAUAUAACUAUACUGAUAUAACUAUAUAUAUAUAAUUGGCUGUUAUAUGUUUCUAUAGUAAUCUAACAUAGUAACUGGAAUAUACUGUAUAUCAGCUAAGCCCUAAUAUACACACACUCAGACAGACAGUUUCUAUCUGGACACUCUCUCUCACACACACACACACACACACUUACACAUAUGCCUUCUGCCUUCAUGCUCCACCUCUACGAAUGGUUUUGACCAAACCAUCAAACCACCACCACUAAACAAACCGGACUGCAGCAGAACAUCACCAGAUUCACCACAGAUCUCACAUCCCGCUACUGUAUUACAGUGUAUCCAGUACCUGUCCAGAGAUCUACAGAUCACGCCUCACUGAUCACUGUAUUCACUAGAGUGUCCCAGAAACCAUGUUUACAUCAUAUGUACUUCCAUCCAGCCCUGCACAGGUGAACAGCAGUAACCAUGGCAACGGCGGGACUUCAGAGCAUCCUCAGAGUUCACUUUAGUUGAUUUCAAGCUAAACAUCGGCUAAAAAAAAAAAAGUUGCUUUGAUAACAGCACAUCGGCUAAAAGAAAUCCAGAACGCUGACGUAAUGUAAUUUAGUCUUUUAACUGUCGCUGUUAUAAUAAAUAUAAAUAUGUAGAUGUAGAUUUGGAAGUUGUUCUCUAUAUUGUGCCAAAUUUAGUAUAACGAGUGGACCAAUAGAAAUGCUCCAAAAUUAUUACAUUGACUAUCACUGAAAAUCCAAAAUGUUUUUACAAGUCCCUCUUCUUAAAAAACAGCCGAUUUGGUAGGGAUAAACUAGGGAUAAAACUAUCAAAAUGAUUUGUAAAAAAGGAAAAAGACCAAACUAUGACAAUUUUGAUGAUGCAAACAAACCACAAUACACUGAAAGUGUAAAGAAUGUUAAAAAAUAUAUAUUUUUAAUUCUUGUUCUGUAAUAGAUUUGUCUUCAAAAAAGCAAGAAAAAUUUUACAGUUAGACCAUUUAAUGCUAAAAGUGGGAAAGUUUACGAAAAUCAAAUUCUUUAUUUUUGUUGGUCUAGGUUUAGUCAGAAACAUAAAAAAUUAAGUGGUGUGUUUAUUUGACCGUCAGUAAUUAGCAUAUAGGACUUUUUUUUGUAUAUUUUCUAGAAUUUAUUUAAUUUUGUCUCUGAACUCUGAUUUUACAGUAUUAUUCAUUUUUAUUAUUUAUUUAUUUAUCUGAUUGACUAGAUAAUGUUAUUAUGUAUAUAUUACUGUAUAUAUAUAUAUAUAUAUAUAUAUAUAUAUAUAUAUAUAUAUAUAUAUAUAUAUAUACACUUGGCUUUAAAGGGUUAUAAUACCAUUUUAUUUUUAAUGAUUGAAAUUUGAGCUCAUUUUCAGUCUCACUGUUGCCAUAUUAACUGCUAUUCAUCUUUGCAGAGCAGCACUGUAUUCUCAAUUAUGCAAUUCCAUGUUUAUAUUAUUAUUUAUUAUUUAUUAUUAUUUGAUGUUGUUGUUGUGUGUAUGUAGCAGGCUGUAGGGCCGAGAGAGCAGAGAGAGGAGAGUCUUCCACAGCGGGUCAGGAUUUGGCCGUGAUUGCACUUUUUCCCGUUUCGUUAUUUUUUACGUAGCUCCGUUUAGAGGAGAAUGGUGGAGGUACUGUAGCGCUGAGAGCUCGUUCUCUCAGAUCAUGUGAUUCUGUACUGUUUCAGAGAUCAGACACAGAGUGAUGGGCUGAUAAACGCCUGUAGCGUUCACACAGCUGUGUGUUUAAUAAGUGACAAAAUGCCAAAACCAGAUUUAAACCACUUUAAUAAUGCUUUUACACAAGCUAUCAAAAGUUUGAAUGCGGAACAGUGUUCUAGUAAGUAUAUACAUAUACAGUUCUGUAAAAAAAAUAAGAAACCACUUAAAUAUUAUGAGUUUCUUUGAUUUUACCAAAUUUAAACCCUCUGGAAUAUAAUCAAGAGGAAGAUGGAUGAUCACAAGCCAUCAAACCAAACUGAACUGCUUGAAUUUUUACACCAGGAGUAAAGCAGCAUAAAGUUAUCCAAAGCAGUGUGCAAGACUGGUGGAGGAGAACAUGAGUUGUGGUGUUUAUGGGAUUUGAACUUGUGACCUCUUUAAUCUCUUUAUAAGCUGGCAGUUAGACAGUCACUCCACUCUAGAACUCUUUUCGAGUGUAAGAAAGAAAAAAAUGGAUUUACUUGGAAUUCACCCAAAACUGUGUUUAUAUGUAGUGCAGUUUCUACAGCUUUUGGGUGGCCCUACAGUCUAACUGCUGCUUAUGAAGUUAAAGGAGAUAAUACGUUCAGAUAUCAGCAAGGCCUCCUCAGCACACUAUUGUUAGAAAAGAAUUUAAAAAAUGUGAGUUAGAAGAACUUUUGACUAAACUAAGUUGGGUUAACACUUUAUAAAAACUCUAUAAAAAGCAGUUACUCAAAUUGAAACAGGAUGGUGAGUGUAUUACUUACUAUAUAACACUAUAUAUGGUUUGGUUUUCAGAGAGAUUAAACCUAGUCGUGAACUUUAUUUUACUUUUACUGGAAAAAUCUCCAGUCAAAAAGCUUUGUAGUCCAAGUCUACCUUCAGUAAUUGUCUGAGAAACUGCCCAAAAAUAACUAAUUAUUAGUAAUAGCUAGUUUAAAGGAGUUAAAACAGUGGAAAAUUCAUUUUUAAUAUAGUAAAACAUGAUAAAGUAUACUAACCUUUGUUGGAUAGCUCACCUCCGCUCUCCCACAGCUUUCCAAGAUUCUACCAAUGAGGUGUGGAGCUACUUUGAGUCUGGAUAACAGUGUAAACAGCAAUUUAUCUGCAGGGGAAAGAGGGUUCUGGGCAAAAAGCACAAAUUUACUCGAUCUUAGAAAGCUGCGGGAGAGCGGAGGUGACCUAUUCAACACAAGUUAGUAUUCUUUAUCAUGUUUUACUACAACAAAAAGUAAAUUUUAGUAAAUUUGAGUUCUCCGCUAAUGUUAUAUAUUUAUAUAUCCUCCUGAGACCUGGACUUUUCUUUCUCCUAGCUAUUUUAGAUUAGUGAACUUAAAACUAGUAUAAAAACUAAACUGUUUUUGCAAAAAACAACUUCUUGUACGAAAACAUCGUCCUCAUAUGGGGACAGCAGUUUAUUUUAACAUAUAACCUUUAUCCUUGACAUUUGGGAUCAGUAGGACCCAAUUUGUCCAAAAACUAAAUUUUAGCUUUCUACACUAAGUAAAUAAAUUAGUUUUAAACAUAAAUUUCAAUGCAAAUUUUCACCAAGCCUAUGUUUCUAUCUGGAUUGGCUGUAGAAACUUUUGACUGGGAUUCUCAUCAUCUUGUUUUUUAUGAUCAAUUGAGUGUAAUGUCAUGUGACCACUAGAUGGUACGGAAAGUGUCUCCAUAUGAGGCCAAUGGGUCAAUGCUUUAAAAAAAAAAAAAUAUAUAUAUAUAUAUAAGUAUCAUGGUGCACAGAAGCAGAAAUGUAAUGUCCCCAUACGAGGACGCAGGGUCUCAAGAGGUAAAGAGUAAAAGUUGUGAGAGUGUUUCCAAGCGAGUCAAGACACAUCCAUCACCAUCAACCUCACACUACUGUAACUAAUGUGUCGUAUUCAUAAGCUUCCACUGCCAUGUCACAUUCUAGUGUUUUUAUAUGUAUAUUAUUUUUUUCACGUUUGUAACGUAGCCCAAAGUAAUGAUGCAAAACUGACCUCUACGAUAGACGGGAGUCACGAUAUACUGCCACUCUGCCAAACCCUCGCUAUGAGCUUCCAUUCCUGACCGGGGGAACUGGCUCAUAUAUUUAUUUAUGCAAAUAUAGAGUAAGAUUUUCAUACAGCGGACGCUCACUUCAGUACCAAGCUUCUUUGUUCCUUUUGUGUAGCAAAGCAAAUAAACUCCCAGCUGAAGCUUCUGUUAAA